AUGGAGACGAGCUCAUCACUUCCACAACUGCAAACAAGGUCUUCCCUUUUUACAUCUCCACGAAAUAAUCUCCAAUCCUCUCAAAAUCGGCCUCUUACAGGUGCAAGCAUGAUCUCCUCUAAUGGAGUGUUUGGUCAGUCCGCUACAACAUUGACACGAAGUGUAAUCCACUGGUCGUUUUCCAAAGCGAAACGUUUCCAUGAUGAUGCCAAUGAUACAUCUGAAGUCCCUAUUCCUAAUUUAGGAAGUACUUUAUCUCCUAGAGCUACAACUCAAGGAUAUGGAGGAAGGUAUCAGUGAAAAGCUGUCGAAAGUCCUCCUCCAAAUGCAUAUGAGCCUAAGUCAAAUUUAUUUUCAAGGUCAGAUUUUUAUUAUAGAAAAUAUUUUCUCUAGAUAAAAUCCGCCUUUUUAAAUGUAUUUUUCUAUUUAAAAUCAAUUUUCUGAUAUAUAAUUGCCUUGCCUAUAGCAAAACUCAAUUUAUAUAAUUAAAAUAGCCAAGGUCAGGGCCUAUUAUGCAUAAAAGAUUAAAUUCAGAAGAAACUGGAAGAGAAUCAUGGGAUUGCCACAGAGAUAUUCCUGGGCCUGGGCAGUAUGAAAUAUCCAGAGAAGUUUCUGGGAAAAAUAAAGGAUUUUUGUUAAAAUCCCGAUGUGAAGCAAUAGAUUCCAGAAAAAUUGUGCCAGGGCCGAAUUAUUAUACGCCAAGACUGAGCUUAGCAUAUAAAAAUAGGUUUUCAAACAUUGGCUUUGGGUUUGGUGGAAGGUAUAAAUUCACAAAUAAAGAAUUAUCAAUGGUGCCUGGUCCAGGGACUUACGAAGCAUCUUCUAGAUUUGAUAAAAAAAAUCCGCAAAAUCGGCCUGGACAAAAAAUUAUACUAAUUAUUAUAACCCAUCCCUUACUUUAUUCUAUCCAUUUUUUUUCUAAAAUCCAUCAAAAAUAUCAUAAAAAGCCUCUAGAAAAUGUAUUUAUGCCUUAG